UGGCGCGGGCGGCGCGGCCGGGCGCUGGCCGGCUACGGCGGCGCGGGCGGCGGGCGCGCGGGGCCGGGCGGGUUGGUGCGGGCGGCGCGGGCGCUGCGGGCGCUGCGGGCGGGGCGCGCUCCUCGCCUUCGCCGCGUGGACCGCGGGCUGGGUGCUGGCGGCCGCAGUGCUGCUCCGCGCGCACUCGGGUGUCCUCUCCGAGCGCUGCACCAACGAGAAGAGCCGGCGCAUCCUGGCCGCGCUGUGCCAGGACUACCGGGGCGGUGCGCUGGCUGGGGACCUCUGCGAGGACCUGUGUGUGGCGGGAAAGCUGCUGUUCCAACGCUGCCUGCACUAUGACAGGGGCAAGAAGGUGCUACAGGCUGACUGGCGCGGCCGGCCCGUGGUCCUCAAGUCCAAGGAGGAGGCCUUCUCCAGCUUCCCGCCCCUCAGCCUGUUGGAAGAGGAGGCAGGGGAGGGUGGCCAGGACAUCCCCGAGGCAGAACUCCUCCUGAUGGUGGCUGGGGAGGUCAAGAGCGCUCUGGGCCUGGAGUUGUCCAACAGCAGCCUGGGGCCAUGGUGGCCGGGCAGGCGGGGCCCGCGCUGGCGGGGACAGCUGGCCAGCUUGUGGGCGCUGCUGCAGCAGGAGGAGUACGUCUACUUCAGCCUGUUGCAGGACCUGAGCCCACACGUGCUGCCUGUGCUGGGCUCCUGUGGCCACUUCUAUGCAGUGGAGUUCCUCACCGCGGGCAGCCCCCACCACAGGGCACUCUUCCCCCUGGACCGGGUCCCAGGUGCCCCUGGAGGUGGCCAGGCCAGGGCCAUCAGUGACAUCGCGCUCAGCUUCUUGGACAUGGUGAACCAUUUUGACAGUGACUUUUCCCACCGCCUCCACCUCUGCGACAUCAAGCCGGAAAACUUUGCCAUCCGGAGCGACUUCACAGUGGUGGCUAUUGAUGUGGACAUGGCCUUUUUUGAACCUAAAAUGAGGGAAAUCCUUGAGCAAAAUUGCACAGACGAUGAAGACUGCAAUUUCUUUGACUGUUUUUCAAGAUGUGAUUUACGAGUCAACAAGUGUGGAGCGCAGCGCGUCAACAACAACCUGCAGGUCAUCUGUGAUAAAAUAUUUCGCCAUUGGUUUUCGGCACCUCUCAAGAGUUCUGCGGUCUCUUUUCAGCUUCAGCUGCAGUUACAGGAGGCGGUGCAGGAAUGUGCAGACCCUGGGGUCCCCAGCGGGAACGCCCGGAGAGACGCCCCCAGCGUGUUCUGGAAGCUUCGCCGACUCCUCCAAGCCACACUGAGGGAGUUGCAGGAGGCAGAGAAGUAGCCACUCUCUGGCCUUCAAUAUACUCACACAGGAAAAGUGACCUUUGCUGGAUUUCUUCUGCCAUUGUUUGAAAGAUGAGCCAUUUCCCCUGUGCAAAUGAGUGUUCUCUGGGGUGCUGUUCUGGCCUCCACAGUGUGGAGUGGCAAGUGCUGCUGCCAGAGACGAUGCCUCCCUCGCUCUGGUCCCACCCUGGCCUCUGACCUGUCGCCUUGUGUAAAAUGAGGGAGGAGGUACAGACCUCCCUUCAGGAGGGCCCUCAGUCAGAAGACACAAACCUGUGUGCCAUUAUUCUCUGCAGAGAGCACUCGUACCUGGUUAUCCCAGCAAGUUCCAGCUGUUCUUUCCUGUAAAUCGUUACAUUAAAAAGUGUGUGCGUGCAUGCAAAUGAAUGUGUAUGCCUGUGUCUGGGUGCAAAUGAGCAUUGAGCAUGUAUGAGUGUGCCCGUGAGUGUCUGCAUGUGUAUGAGUGUGCACAGGUAAGUGUGCUCAUGAGGCGUAUGAGUAUGCCUGAGUGUGAAUGUGUCGAAGAGUGUGAAUGAGUGUGUGCACAUGAGUGCACAGGAGUCAGCAUGUGUAUGCAAGUGUGGGUGUGUGUAUGUGAUUGUGUGAGUGUGGGCAGGUGAGUGUGUUGGGAAUGUGGGUUGGGGUGGGGAGUGGUGCUUUCUCUAGUGUGUCCUUCAGAACAGCUUGCCUACCAAGCAAAGAAGUGUGACCUUUCUUUUGGAAUUAAAUACAAUGAAAAGAAAAUAAAUUGCAUCCUUAGGGAAUGUAAUUUGCAUUGGAGAGCGUGUGUAAUGGCAGCUAAUAGUAUUUUCCAUUUUGUGGAAUCUACCAAGGUUAUGGAUGGGGUUUUAGGGAGCCUCGUAUUGCAAUGCACCUUCCCCUGGGCAGGGACUUGUAGGUUGGCUUGAUGCAGCAUUGUCUUCACCUCCAGCAAAAAUCUACAGUAGAACAAAUGCUGAGGUCAGCAUUGACUCCAGGCAGGACCAGAGACCAGCACCUUUCUUUUGAUGGACUGAGGACCAAGUGAUAGGCAUCAAGUCAUACUGCGGCAUGAUAUGCUCAUCAGUGGUGAUCCCAAGGCUUUUCCAGCAAAAGACAGACAGGGGGACGGGCCACGUGGAGCCAGUGAGCUUUCACUUAAAGGGACCUGGCUUCUACCCAUACCUGUGACCCAUGAGUGCUCAACAAACCAACGGGUCACCCCUUUACAGAAAUCCCAUGAAAAGGGAAAUCGAGAAAGAUGAGAGAAUCAGGAAGUCACGUUGGCAGUUUACACAUUAAAGAAGACAAAUUGAUGUCGUGAAAGUCACAAAUUGACACAUUCCAAAUGAUCUCUUAUCCUGGCCUGCAGCCCCUUUCUAAACCAGAGAAAUGGGAGUGCCUUCUUCCAGACUUUGGGGUCCCAUUUACUGACUCUGCCCCUCAGGGCACGCUGAGAAAUGUUGUGUGAAGGACUAGGAUGAUCAGAGGCCCCCAGCUCUAAAUUCUGUCUUCCCCAAAGACCUGUGGGAAGGCCCACUGCCAGCUGCUAUUCUUACCUGUCACCACUGGGGAUCUUCCAAAUGACACUGAGAUCCACAGAGGGCCUCCUCAUCAUGGACAUGAAGACUCACUUUGCAACUGUAUUCUAGCAAGAAGAAAAAAACCCAUGUCAGUCACCCUGCGGCACAAGUAAAUUAAAACCAAAGUUCGAUGGCCAGGCCUAGGACUAGUGGAUUCCAAACAAAAGGGCGGGGUUUGGGCUAUUGGGCGGAGGCUUCUAUUUUCCCCAGAGCUGCGCUGGGUGCGAUGCCUUUCUGUGGUGGUCAGGGGCAUAUUUUGGGCCAUGCUCACCUUCUAGGCAGGUUUUCUACAAGCAAAAAGGUUUACAGGAAGAUGGGUGUGAGACAGAGGGAGGGAGGGAAGGAGGGAAGCCACCAGGACUUUGCCCUCUGUGCCCUUUAAACAGUGGGGUUUUGCUCUGGGAGGUCAGAGUGGGUCUUUCGUGGGUAGACGCUGGGAUGCCACCCAUUCAUUAGUGGCCUGAGCUCACUGACCAGGCAGCAAAGCCAGCCUGGAAAAGAGAAACAGUUAGUUUUCAUUUAAACCAAAAUGGAAACAAAUGUUUUUGUUUACGAUGGGGACAAUGCAAUAUAUAAUUAUCCAAGACGAUUGUGGUUUUAUUGAUGAAAGGGAGCUGUUUUAUCUCUUCCCUUUAUGUCUGGCUACCCAGUUACACACAUACACACACACACCCUUUUCCAUUCCUGCCUGGGAAUUCCCAUUAGGGCAGUGGCUCUUAAACUGUGGUGAAGCUCAGUUUUGUUUUCAAUUUUGAAACCUUGCAAAAUAAUGCUUUUAUAUAAUGUAAUAAAUUAACACUGUGUAUAUCAAUAUUCAGUAUUUUGAAUAUGACCAAUGACUUUUUUUCUGGCUGAUCUAACUGAGCAACAACCCCUCUCAUAGAGGAAAAUGUCUCCCUAAAUGAUUUCUGUGUUUUGUUGUAAUAACACAUGAUAGACAGAACACGCUCAGAGACACGUUGAUGGGAUCUGAAAAAGAUUAGGAAGUAAACUCAUCAAGCUUAGGCUAUUCCUCUUUAAGUUUUAUCCAAAUUAAAGCAAAUGGUGCUUUAUUCAUCUCCAGUCCUUCAUCCUUCCAUUGCCACAGUUUACCUUGACAAAUUGUAGUUAAAACUUCAUUUGAUGAAAAGAAAGAAUUCCAUAAUUGUAUACUCUAUUGGCUUACAGCUGACAAAACCAUGACACAUUGUGGGUUGUGCAGAAAUCAUAGGUGGCUCAGGCCACAGGUUUGUAGAUACCUGGAGUGGUCAACAAGUCAGUUGGCCAACGUCAACUGGCAAGGUCACGUAACGUCACAAAUGUUUACAAACGCUGCCAAUACUGCUAAACCCUCCUCUCAAUUCGCAUCUCACAUGAGACAAAUUAAAACCAACAGUUCGGAGACAUGCUGCCUCCUAGAAGUGCACCCGGCUUAGCCUCCCAUGCAUCCUUCCCCGUACUAAGGCCCAGCCUGCUCAGCCCUUCUAGAGUAUCCAAGAUGAACACCCAGGACAUUACCUUAAAUUAUUGGAAGAAUAACUGUUUUUAAAUCUUGAUUUGGAAGCUAUUCUUUGAAUAGCAGUAAGUGGAGGAGUUUAGUUGGAAAUUUCUAAAAACAAUGACCACGUAAAGAUACUCUUUCAUUCACCGCACUAGCCCCUGUAGUUGGUAAACAAAUGCCACUUUGGCUCUAAUGUCUGUUCGUUCAGGGGAAAACACAGCUAUGGAAAGAAAUACCCCCACGUGGCUCACAUUCAUGGGCUGCUCCUCCUUAAAACCACCCUUUUACUUCUGUACCUUUAAAAGAAAAGCAAUCUGUGUUACAGCUGAAGCUGAUGGAGCUGAUUAUUGAUUUUCAUUUAAAACCUUGCCUCUCAGAGUCGUUCCUUACCUUCUGAAAUGGGGAUAAUCACUUCGCUCACAGCCUAUUGUGAGGACUUAAGGAGAAGAUGAGCACCACGCCCAUGGCACAGUGUCUGGUACAGAAACGAGCACAGGAAUGUUCCUCGGUAGCAGUGGACAAAUGCCAAUGAGAAGGACUCCAGGUAGGGGACCAGCUUCUGAAUCGCACUACACCUGCACUCUAUCUCAGGAAGACCCAGUGUCAGGCUUUACCUUUGUAUGACAUUGCACCUGGAGCCGCUUUCUGUGGAUGCUGGUCUUGGCUAAAAGUUUGGUCUGGGUUUUCCUUACUGACUUAAAGCAAUGGUUCCCAACCUUUUUGGCAUCAGGGACUGGUUUCAUGGAAGACAAUUUUUCCACAGAUGGGGUAAGGGGGAUGGUUUCAGGAUGAUUCAAGCGCAUUACAUUUAUUGUGCACUUUAUUUCUAUUAUUACUACAUUGUAAUAUAUAAUGAAAUAAUAACACAACUCACCAUCAUGUAGAA